CCAAAGCACGGCUGAGUAGUUUGGGUACCCGCCCCCGCACUCAACAAUGCAUAAAUCAUUGUCAAAGAAUAACAGAAUAUGAUACAUAUGGCUUUUUUUCCCGACUCGUUAACUGCUAGAAAUGUCGAGCAUCUUUCGGAGUUUAUGUAAGAUUUACAAUGUAUUCGUUUGGAUGGUGAAUUUGAACACAGUAAUUGCCUAAUUUCUGCUCCCAUUUAGUACAUUGAAUGCGUCAUAAGCAUGUAUUUCUUUUGACCUCUCAAACGUCAACGCACUCGUCUAAAAUACGUCACGCAGAUGCACUUAUUCUGUGCGUUCUGGGGAUUGUAGUUUUGAUUUUGCUUCGUAGCAAUUGUAAAUUGCUGUCUGAAAACUACAUUACCCAUUGGGACGUGUACCAAAAUGCGUCACAUGCCAUCACGGUUCCAUCUCCAACAUGGCGUCGCUGGGAAGGAGGCGCGGUGUCCCAGUAAGCAGGGAGAGGGGAGUGAUGGCGGCGACAGACUGCUACAUUGUUCACGAGAUCUACAACGGGGAGAACGCACAGGACCAGUUUGAGUAUGAGCUGGAGCAAGCACUGGAGGCCCAGUACAAAUACAUUGUUAUCGAGCCCACGCGCAUCGGAGACGAGACGGCGCGGUGGAUUACGGUGGGCAACUGCCUGCACAAGACGGCCGUGUUGUCAGGCGCCGCCUGCCUCCUGACGCCGCUUUCCCUGCCUCCGGAAUACACGCGCUACGUGGCGUUGCCCGCCGGUGCCCUCAGCGUGGCCUGCGCCGCCCUCUAUGGAAUUUCGUGGCAGUUCGACCCCUGCUGCAAGUACCAGGUGGAAUAUGACAGCCAGAAACUGUCGCGGCUGCCCCUGCACACGCUCACCUCCUCCACGCCCGUGGUCUUGGUGCGCAGGGAUGAUAUCCACAGAAAGAGACUCCAUAACACGAUAGCACUGGCCGCGCUGGCGUACUGCGCCAAGAAGAUUUAUGAACUCUAUGCUGUAUGAGUGCACUCUGAAGACCAUUUAAGAACCGACGGGGGGAUAAAAGGAAAAUAAAAAAAAAAAAAACAACAGCAAACCUAUCCACUGUUUGGUAUAUGAAAAGUGGAAGGUCACAAUCGGGUUUACAGCACCUGUGGUGGCUGUUCCCAUGUUGAACUUUGAUCAGAGGGAUAUAGUUAAAACUAGAAGGAAUUUUUUUUUUUUUUCUUGUCCCCCUCCCCAUAUGUUUUCUUUAAGUGACAACCACAGCACACACACGAUCUCUGUAGUCCCCUCCGUGCCACCUUUCCUGCAUUCUGACUCUUCGAAGUUCGUGUAUAGGCUCCAGGAGAAGCUGCGCGGUUGAGCCGGACGAAUGUGAUUUGAGCUUUAUCCUUUCUCUCGUAGUUUUGCUGUACUCCCUUACUUGCUGAUCAGUAAUUCACCUUUCAUUAAACAUUAGGCUAUUUCAAACUCCUGCUUCUGGAUGUGACUUUUUCCCGCCCUGUAACGGAUCGUGUCCAUUCAACAGAAACCAUUAAAGAUUUUAUACCCGUUCAUUGCGGGUGAUGCA